CUAUAUAAAGGAUUGGUGAAGCGUCCAUUUAGUAUUUGUGAUCACGGUACGCGUCCAGUGUGUCGCUCCGUCUACCGAGGACACAAAUUAAAACAAAAUGGCUUCAAGAGACCCUGCUUCUGAUCAACUUGUUGAUUACAAGAAAUCCGUUAAGGAUUCACCAGGUUAUAUCACCACUAAAUAUGGUGCACCUGUUGGAGUGAAGACGGCUAUUCAAACUGUUGGAAAGAAUGGUCCAGCCUUACUUCAAGAUGCCCAGUUUCUUGAUGAGAUAUCUUCCUUUGACAGGGAGCGUAUUCCAGAAAGAGUAGUCCAUGCUAAAGGAGCUGGUGCUUUUGGAUACUUUGAGGUAACUCAUGAUAUUUCAAAGUACUCAGCUGCGAAAGUCUUCGAGAAUAUUGGCAAGAGGACACCCAUUGCUGUCAGAUUCUCUACAGUUGGAGGUGAAAGUGGUUCAGCAGAUACAGUCCGUGAUCCUCGAGGUUUUGCUGUUAAAUUCUACACUGAUGAUGGAAUCUGGGAUCUUGUUGGAAAUAAUACACCAAUCUUCUUUAUUAGAGAUCCUACUCUAUUUCCAAGUUUCAUCCACACACAGAAGAGAAAUCCUGCAACUCAUUUGAAGGAUGCUGAUAUGUUCUGGGACUUUAUGACUCUUAGACCAGAGACAAUGCACCAGCUCCUAUACUUGUUUGGUGACCGAGGUAUUCCUGAUGGCUAUAGGUUCAUGAAUGGUUAUGGUUCCCACACAUUCAAACUUGUUAAUGCUCAAGGAGUAGCUCACUGGGUAAAAUUCCAUUACAAGACUAACCAGGGUAUUAAGAACUUACCUGUAGAUAAAGCUGCUGAGCUUGCUUCCUCUGAUCCUGAUUAUUCUAUUAGAGAUCUUUACAAUGCUAUUGGAAAGGGUGAUUACCCCUCUUGGACUUUUUACAUUCAAGUCAUGACAAUGGCUCAAGGUGAAAGCUGCAAAUUUAAUCCAUUUGAUUUGACAAAGAUUUGGCCUCACAGUGAAUAUCCUCUUAUUCCUGUGGGUAAAUUAGUUUUGGAUAGGAACCCCAAAAAUUACUUUGCAGAGGUUGAACAAAUAGCUUUCAGUCCAUCAAACUUGGUCCCUGGCAUUGAGCCAUCACCUGACAAGAUGUUACAAGGACGUCUUUUUGCAUACAGUGACACUCAUCGUCACCGUCUUGGAGCAAAUUACCUUCAGAUACCAGUCAACUGCCCAUACCGUGUGACUGUAUCUAAUUACCAACGUGAUGGACCACAGACAAUGUGUAACCAAGAAGGUGCACCCAAUUAUUUCCCUAAUUCUUUCUCUGGACCCCAGGAAUGCCCCAGAGCGCAACGUCUUCAACCAAGAUACAAUGUGAGUGGUGAUGUUGACAGAUAUGACAGUGGUCAAACAGAAGACAACUUCUCACAGGCUAGCUUGUUGUACAAGAAAGUCUUCAGCGAUGCUGAAAAACAGCGUGUUGUAAAUAAUCUUAUUGGGAACUUGAAAGAUGCUGCUGGUUUUAUUCAAGAGCGUGCAAUCAAAUUGCUGACUCAGGUUCAUCCAGACCUUGGUAGUAAGGUAGCAGCUGGACUCGGACCAUACAAAAAAUACCAUGCCAACUUGUAAAUCACAAUAGGGGACUGAUCAUAGGUGCUAUUUUAAGAUAGAUUUAAGUAAAAUCUGUUUUUAUAAUAAAUAUUGUUAUUGGGAAAUAUGGUACAAUAAUGGCAUAAUUUUUUUACACAUACAUAUAUAUAUAUAUAUACACACAUAUAUAAUCACACCUAUUUUAAAGUAGGCUUCAAUAAAUUUUUUAAAUUGUUA